AUGGAGAAGGUGAAAUCUGACGGCUAUACCGCGGUAAAACCCACACGUAAUACAACCGUAGACACCUCCAUCAUAUCUGGUGGCCAGAUGAUCCAAAGAGUCUACAGCAUGGUGAUCGAGGUGUCCGUAUCCACUGCAGAACCCCACCCCCGCAUGUUCACUGGGGGGCAUAUUUUUAAGCUGUCUGCGCUGCCGGGCAGGAGUCGGACCCGCACAGCACGCUUCCUUCCAAGCGGCGUGUACUCCACGCAGGCGCAGUACAGAGAAGCUGAAGCGCCGAACAAGAGCUCAGACCGAGUGACGUCACGGGUGCCACGCCCCUCCCUGUGCAGCCGGAAGAGAAGAGCUCCGUGCAAGAACGGGACAUCACAGGAAGUGAAUAGCGACGGGGUCAUUAUGCCAAGCUGUGUUGUGCGUGGUUGUAUUUACAAAUGGAAGAAAGGUGAUCGUGCUGUAAUGCUUCAUGGUUUUCCAAAAGAACCUGAAAAAAUCAAACUUUGGCUGUAUCAGACUGGACAAUAUGGUACCGACCUUGACAAAAUGGUUGAAAAAGUAUAUCUAGGAAAAGUAUAUGACACAUACAGAAUGUGUUCAUUGCAUUUCUCAAAUGACAGUUACUACUAUGACCGUGAUCGGAAACUUUUAAGGAAGGAUGCUGUUCCUACUAUUUUUAUUACAAAAACACCUGGUGUUAUCCAGAAAACAUUCAGCUCUGGUAAAAUACGCACACGUUGGAUUCCGGUUCCAGUUCCUUCUAAACCAUCCUCAGAAACCACCAUCAGGCAAGUGACUUUAAUUCCUUUAUUUCAUCAACCAUGCAGAACUAGUGAACAGUCUAAUUCAAACAGCUCAUCAUCACUAACUGUUCAACCAUCUGCAACCACUACACGUGAGGACACGAAAAAACCGUCCUCUUCUGUUCUCUCAAAUUCCAACUUGCCUUUGAAUACCCAGCUCAGGCCAGAAGCUACAUGCUCAAGCACCAAAACUCUGUCUUCCACCACAACUGCUUGUCCAGUAAUAUCCUUAUCUUCAACAUCAACUGGAAAAAAUUGUGCAUCGAGGUCUGACUCUUCCAACAAAACUCAGACGGCUCCACCGAUCAGUAUUCCUUUGUCUGUUGUUAGUGCAACACAGCCGUGCUCCAUGACAGUUCUUCCAGUUUCUGGAACAGUGUCCUCUGUGACACAGAAGCCACCAACAACAUCUGGUUUGCUACAAAAAAAAAACUCUCUAUCUGUUGUCCAUAUUCCACUUAAAACAUCUACUUCACAAUCUGUAAUUCCUGGUGGUCAGCCACCAUCAAAGAAAAGAAAGCUGGAGGAAAAUAUUGUUUUCUUGGAGCACAGUGCUGCAUCCUCUUCUGUGCCAAGUGUAUUACCUAGCCAUUGUAUGAGCCAAACCUCUAAUACAGGUAAUCUUUAUUUUAUAUCAAGCAGCACCCCAUUGGUUCAGCCAUCUUAUCAGAUUCAGAAGCCUUUAAUGGUUGACAUAGGUGUCAACACGGAUUACUUCAUAAAUAAAAAAAGUUGCUCCGUUGCCACUGACCCAAUGCGUUUGAAAAGAAAUGUACACACACAAACUAAAAUAUAUAUAAAACAUCGUAAAAUUAUGUGCAAAUUAAUACCUCCAAGAGGGCCACUUAAUGACAGUGGCACAAACUCAACUGAAUCUCUUGCCAACCCAGAAUACAUGGGAGUUAGUGACUGCAGUCCUUCCAGGUCAAGUGACUGUGGCGAUGAUAUAUCUGAAGUUUUGAAAACUGUUGAUUUAGAUGUUGUUAAAGUGGAAAUCUCUUCAGAGUGUGAAAUAGAUGUACAUCAACGUCCUACUUCAGAAAUUCAUAUCAAAGAAGAAAAUGAUUCUUCUGCAGGACAAGCAAUUCUAUCCUCAGGAGCUUUUAACAGUACCUGUACAUUACCACAUUUUGACAUUAAUACAAUGAAGCUAGAACCCAAUAUAAAAACAGAAGAGGAUCAAUUCCCAAUUUCUUGCUCCAUACCAAAUAUCACUAAUUUUGUACCACAGAAUCCCAAAAUUGAAAGGACUUCACCCAUUCCAAGUGAUCCAUUUGCUCCAGGUUUGAGAAAUCCAACUUCUUGGGAAACAUCUGCCAUACAGACUGAUGGACUAGAAGACCUAAAUGACUCCUCGUUCUAUAUCAAUGAAAUGAGUGAGGAUGAAGAUGAAUCAUUCUUACUUCCAAGUGAUGCAGAAGAUGAAGACGACAUAAAACCUGUGUUCCAGGACUUGGAUUCACCAGUGGAGAAUCAUGUUGAAGAAGAAAAGUAUAUUGUUUUUGAAUCCUGUCUGAAAAAGCUGAUAAUGAUGAUCCCGUGUAGAUCAGAAACAAAGUGUAUGUCACCACUUACACAAUACAGAAAAGAAACCAUUGGAUCCUAUUUGUCUAUAGAAGUUCGUUGCAGAUCUGGUCAUACAAGUUUACUAUGGGAAAGCCAGCCAAGACAUGGAUAUCAACCAAUGGGAAAUGUUCUGUUAUCUGCCGCAGUGCUAUUUAGCGGUUCAAGUUUUCUAAAAUCCCAACAUAUGUUUAAAUUGCUGAAUUUAAAAUCAAUAGACAAAAGUACCUAUUAUAAAACUCAGUCUAUGUACCUGUUUCCUACCAUUAAUCAUCACUGGAAGGAGGAACAAAAAGCAGUCAUACAAAGUAUCCAGGAAAGACCACUUUGCUUGGCAGGAGAUCAGCAAUUGGACAAUCCUGGAUUUUCUGCCAGGUACUCUAUAUACUCCAUGAUGGAUGUGGCCAGCAAGAAAAUUUGUUCAUUUUCAGUACAGCCGGUUAUUCCACAAGUGACAUUGGAGGGGCUUGAAAAAAUAGGAUUUCAGAAGUCUAUGGGUGAGCUCCAAACUAUGAAUGCUGAAGUGGAAAUGAUUGUUACUGACAGAAGUGUUGCUAUUCAGGAACUUCUGAAGAACAAUUAUCCUGGUAUCAUUCAUCAGUUAGAUCUAUGGCAUCUAUCCAAAUCAAUUGGUAAUGAAGUUUUAAUGGCAGCCAAACACAAAGACUGUGAAAUCUUAUAUGAAUGGGUGGAGGCAAUCAGGAACCAUAUUUGGUGGAGUUCUUGCACUUGUUGUAAAAACCCUGAUGUAUUAAUUGAAAAAUGGAAAUCGGUUCUUCAGCAUGUCACCAUUGUUCAUGAGUGGAGUGGUGAUAGUGACUGUAAAGCAUGUCAUCAUCCACCUCUCCCAGAAGAAGUGGUGAACAGUGCAAACUGGUUGGAAAAAGAUUCGGCCGCCCACGAACAACUCAAAAAAAUAGUUGAAAAUACCAGUCUAUUAAAGGACUUAAAACGUCUCUCCUUCCUCUGUCACACUGGAGAGUUAGAGAUCUACCAUACCACUUGCCUUAAAUAUCGUCCAAAGACGUUACAUUUCUUCCUGGACUCUAUGGUAGCACGGACACAACUCGCAGCCCUUGACCACAACAGAAAUGUCUGUAGAGUUAAGGAAUUGGUGAAAAAUGCUUCAAGUGGAAAUGCAUUAAAUACUAUGACACAGGGAUUGGACAUCUCCAAAGGUCAAAAGUCUUGGAUUAUCAAAACACUGUAUAAACCAACCUGCCAACAUUUUCUUUUUGACAUCAUGAAUGAUGUCAUAGCUCUUGUCAGAGAGGAGAAAGCAUUUUAAUGACCCUCUUUGAGUUUAUAAGCUUGAGAGAAUUCUGAAAUGACACUUUUUGCUGGUUGCUGAUUAAUAGAUCUUUAAAGGGGAUUUCCGAGAUUAAAAUAUUGAUGAUCUUCUGGAUAGGUCAUCAGAAUCAGAUCUCUGAGGCUCAGCAUUCCCGCUGUUGGCACUUGUGCUUGGUAUUGGUAAUUCACCUAAAUGGGACUAAGCUGUUCCUACACCAUGUGACUAAUGAAAGGGAUUCUGUCACCUGGAUUUUGCCUAUAGAGCUGUGGACAUGCGCUGCUAGCACAUCCGCAAUAUCCAUUCCCCAUAGCUCUCUGCUAUUAUUGUGUCAAAAAAACAAUUAUAUAUAU